CAACAAUGUGUGAAUCAUUUCCUGUGUGGGUAACGUUACUGCUCAGAUGGAGAUGUGAAAGUGUGAAACAAGAAGAACAGCCCUGUGAACUGUACCAGGUCACUUUGGAGCCAGACUCUGAGACCAUGAUGUGGACUCUGUUCACUGUUCUACUCUUUGUUUCUGAUGUUCAAACUGGUGGACGAAAAACGUCAAACAAGAAAAACUUAUGUCAUAAUGUCCUCAGUGACUGCUACCAAAAUGUCAAGGAGCAUCAGAAUGACGACUGGACCAGGUGUUACGAAAAUCACAUCUCUACCUGUAUACAAAGUCGUUAUCGGAUGACAAACUUCAUUCAGCGGAUGGUGAACACGUCUGAAGAGGUCACAGAGAGUCCCAGUGAAUUUCACAGGGUUCAUGUACCGUCGCUGGCUCUGCAGAUGUCCACCAGAGGGCGCUCUGAGGAUGAAGUGGUGCUUGUCACCACAUUGAUCAACAGCACAUUUUUCACAACUCAGAGGAAAGGAAGGAGGACUAUGCCGACACCUGACCAGGGCAGUCCUCUGGGGGGGUUGGUCCUGGUGGUGAAGGUGGGGAACCGUCCAGUCAAGAACCUGACGCAGCCAGUCACUUUGACCUUCAGACACAACACACAGGUGAAAGAUGGAGUUUGCGUAUACUGGGAGGUGACAGAGAACAGACCAGGGUACUGGAGCAGGGAGGGCUGUGAAACCAGGGACAACGGAGACAAGUUUGUCUGCAGCUGCGACCACCUCAGUUUCUUUGCGGUGCUUGUGAACCCUUCUUUGACAGUGGAUUCUGCUAAUGCUAGGAAUCUCAGCUACAUCACCUACAUUGGAUCAUCGCUGAGCGUCGUCUUCACGGUCAUCAGUUUGAUCAUCUACCUGUGUCUACAAAAGAAGCGUCCAGAGAAGGCCAUCAGUGUGCACGCACAGCUGACUGUGGCUCUGCUGUGCCUCCACCUCAGCUUCCUCUUGUGUUGUCUGUGGGUUUGGAGGGUAAAGGAGGACGGCUGGGUUUGCUUCUCCCUGGGCCUCUUUCUCCACUGGUCCCUGAUGGCUACUUUGUGCUGGAUGGCUCUGGAGGGAUUUCACCUCUACCUUCUGCUGGUCCGCGUUUUUAACAUAUAUGUUAGAAGAUAUCUGCUGAAACUCAGCGCAGUGGGAUGGGGUAUUCCCACUCUGGUUGCAGGGGUCUGUGGGAUUUUUGGUGUAUAUGGAAAAGACAGUCUGAAACUGACGGAUAUCAACAACCACACUUCACCAGCCGACAUUUGCUGGUUGAGCGACGCUUUUCCUCACAAACUCGUGGUCAGCUUCAUCACCACGGUGGCGUUUCCGGGCCUGGUGGUUCUGUGUAAUGCCUGCAUGCUGGGCCUGGUGGUGUUCAAGCUCCGGAGCUUAAGACACAACGAAAGCUGGAAACUAGUCAACACAGAGAAGAGGAAGAGGUUAUGGAAAAACGCUGCCACGGUGCUGGGCCUCAGCUGCGUGCUGGGUUUGCCCUGGGCUCUGCUCAGCACCACCUACGUCUCUGUCACCGGCAUCUACAUCUUUACAGUAUUCAACUCCCUGCAGGGUGUCUUCAUGUUCCUGUGGUCCCUCAGUCUGACCUGCAAGUCUCAUUCUGACCAUAACUCCUCGUCCAAAAACCCAUCCACUCAGAAAAUAAUGACCACAAGUUUUAAUAACUGAUGUUUAAACAUAUCUGUCGUUCAUAUCUGCUAGUUUCUGAGAAAAACGAUCAGUUAAAAAACAUUUUUUUAGAAAAUUAAAUAUCUGUAUAACUGUAGUAUUAUAAUACUGAUUGUUUAAUUUAACUAACCCUUGACUACACAUUUGUUUAAGUUGUGGAAUGUGUUUAUAAUUGUCUUAUUUAUAUGAUAUUAUUCACUAUUUUGUCUCAAACGAUCGAAUUUUUGCAGGAAUAAAAUCGGAAUUUAACAACAAAAAAAAGGAACGAGUAUUGAACGUUUCCCCCAAAAUAUCCGUACAAUUACCGCAACAAACACCAAGUCCUUAAUAAUUUUCAAAUUUUCGAUACAUUUUUCAAUAAUUUUCGCCGGAGAAUUGUCAAACGUAACUACUCAUUCCAAUGGACGAUUUACUGUUUCUUUCUGUGUGAUUUACCUCGUGGAGUAUUAACAGUUCAAACACACGGUCUCACAAUACUGCAAUAAAUCGAAUUCUGAAUU